CGCACAGACGUUGUUACACGUGUAUAUACAUAUCUGUUGAGCGCAGCGCUUAUAGCUCCAGCGCGAGGAGUUCUCGAAUUACCGACAUCCAUCUCUCAUUUCUGGCCUUUGUGUUAGCCGUUAUAUGUUUGAAAUUCGCCGAGAGAGAGAGAGAGAGAGAGAGAGAGAGAGAGAGAGAGAGAGAGAGAACGGAUAAUAUUUAAUGGUGAGUAAUGGCACCGCGGAUGACCAGCGAAUGCACAUCGAACAUUUAUACCGCUCGCUUGCGAGGAUGGCGGCAUCGAUCGGCCCGGCGGAUCCCCCGACACGCCGAGCGAGAGCACUUUCGCGCUGAGUGCGCGGGAAAAACUGCUCGCGCCGCUCAGCCUCAGACGACAUGGAGCUCCUCCGCGUCUAUUUUCUCGCCUCGGCGUCUCUUGCCUUGAUGCUGGGCUCGAGAGUGUCGGCUUUGGGCGGUGGCGAGCCCGAGUGGCUGGACGCCCUGCGCGAGUUCAUCUUCAAAACAAUUUCGCCGUCGCCCUCGGCAAACAUCGGGCUCUACAAAAGCUUCCUGGAGGCGCCGUUCUACGGCGCCCGGCGCCCGAGCGAGCCAAACGCGGCUGCGGCGAGCCUGCUGGCCCGCGGUGACGUUCACUACUCGACCGCAAAGGGUCGCUGGAUCCUCUGUCAGGAGGGCUGCGCUGAUUGCGCCGAGUGCCUCCUGCAGAGCAAGCCGAGCCUCAAGUGGAGCCUGCGCCGCCGAGAGCCGGCCUUUAACUCAUCAAGCCACGAGCUCCAAUUGACCGUCGUGCCCCAGCUCGACGACAGCUUCCACAUGAGGAACCUGCGCAGGAGGUCGCACGUCUACGUCACUCUCCUGCCGCAACCGGCGCAAAGCUCCGCGCGGCCGGGGCUUUCAAAGAGAUCAGCGGGCCCGACUUUGACGCGCCGUGGGAAGCGGCUUCUCCGAGUCUCGCCGAGGCCGCGGCAAGUUUCCUCGCGCUGCCGCGACUCCGGAGAGGACUCGCGAGACGCGGCGCGGCUGCAGCUCGAGGGCGAGGAUCGUCUUUCGCUGAGCAGCCUCUCCAACUCCAGUCUUAGCAGAGGUAACUACGGCGAGCGCCGCGACUCUUUGCUUCUUCUAGCGCUGCUGGGCUGUUUUCUACAGUUUUACUUCGUAUCCCGAGGGAAUUAUCGGCCGUGGAAGCGUCGCAGAAGCUGGGGCGGCCAGCAGAUUGGCUAGCAAGACAACAAAGAGUCCGGCGCGAAGUCCGCGGAGGAAUAGAAAGGCGGCAGCGGCGGAAACGAGAAAGCCGAACAAGAAGACGAAGAGGAAAGCAAUCGAAAGCGCGAAUCCCAUCGAGGAUAAUCGUCCGAAGGGCACUGCAGCGCCGGCCCUCGCCGGAUUGGAGAUCGGAGCGGCAGCGCCGCCGGAGGAAUUAACGGCCACUUCAAAGUCCGAUACUCGAGCCGAAAUGGAGAGGGAGAUCGCGAGAUCGGGCGAGCAACGCGGCAGCAUCAGGAGGCGAAGAUUUUGAAGCGCCGCCGUCGGAGGAAUUCCGCGCGAGUCUUGGCGAAUUAGGUAACAUACUUGCUGCAGACGCGAUCUUCGAUUGGGAUGCCAAACGCGUCGAAUCCCCCCGAGCGCAGCUCAUGUACCUGUACCACCUUCCUUCCGGCUCCUAUACUCUGAUGCGCGCAGGCAUGCUAAGGUCGCGCGUCGUUCCUCGCCCCGUUACCCGUUACCCGUUACCUCCCCCUUGCCCUGCGCUCUACCUGACAAAUCCGCGCGAUCCCGAGCUGCUUAUGAGGCGCUAAAUGCUCUCCGCUCGACCGGCGAACGAGAACCUCGAUAUACGAUAUUCGCUGUGCGCUCCACAUAGGUAUACGGUAUAUAAACAUGCUCAGCUCGCACCCGUUUUUCUAAUGCUCGCCGGCUUCGAUUUGCCUCCUCGUUUUAUUAUCUCAUGAGCGAGAAAUAAGGUCGGGGAAUCCAAUCACCGUAUGUAUAAUUCAACGAUUAUACACCGUUACUGCCCGGUCGAUGCGUAAACAAUUGAUUGAUUCGUAAUUGGCCUAUAUAACGCGUCUGGGCUUUGAACAUUUUUAAUUCGCGUUCAUGGCUGAAGGCGAUUGAGCAUUAAUAAUUAAAAUCUUUGAUGAGAUAUCCGGAGAUUUUAUCGCGAUUAUUAUCGAAAGUGAUUGCUUUACGCGCAUAAUGUUAUGUGCAUUGUAUUUUUUUCAACAAACGUAUGACAGACCUGUGACAAUUACCAAAGCAAUCGGCCCGCAGUCUCGUUCGCUCCCAUUCUGGCUGCCAGUCACAAAAUUUUAUUCACGCAUGUGAAUACCAUAAAUUGAAUGUACAAUACAAACAAUGUUGGGUCAAAACUUGUAACUCAUACAUGAACGACGAAUGCGCGAGCCGCUGACAAAAAAUGUUUCUCGUAAAAUGCAUCGAAAACACAGCAACUCCGUCCAUUACGAUACUUGGAAAUAAAGAACGCGGCAAAAUCACUACUUCAUUCUCCCAAUAAGAGCUUAUAUAUCGAACAGAGUUCUUCCUAGUGGACAAAGUCGAAACAAAAAGUUUCAUUUUAUACAUGAACGUAUGCUUGAUCCUCCUCCCCUAUAAGCGGAAAAAGAAUUACCGAUCCUCUGCACUUCGAGGAAAUGUGGAUUGAAACAAAAAAUACACCCGUCUGCAUUUUUUUGAAAUUCUGCGUAUCUGAAACGGACAAGCGAAGCGAGAUUAUUCGCACUGUCAAAAUCGCAGCGAAAAAUGUAGCUUUGUAAAAAGAGUCGAAGCAGCAAUAAAAUGAGUUUACCAAAACAAA